GUCAGUUCAAAUCCCCUGGACGAGGUAUACGAGGAGCUCAGUUUGGCCGGCAGGGAUUCCAUGGGGGACAGCAAGGCUUCCAAUACCCUCCCGGAAGUUAUCCAGGAACUCCGAUGCAUCCAGGAAUGGAAAGAAGGAUGUCAUCAGCUGGUUAUGAAGGUGACAGUUAUGGUCAGGGCACUGGAGAAGAGAGCUAUGAUUACCAGCAGCUUGCUUCUGAUGACAGCCAUGACACACAGCAGUCCUCCAACGAUCUGAGUCAGACACAGUCAGGAUUCCACGGUGCAUUUGGCAAUGGGAGUGGCCAGUCUUCAGAGCAGAACCAGUCUGGGGAAGGACAGGGUCAAGGGGGAGACAGUCCACCAGACAUUAAAUAUGAGGUCACACCAAUGCCUUUUAUGAAAACCAAUGAUUUUGAAUUGAUAGAGAUAGACCCUGAUGAGGAAGAUGACAUAUAG